AUGGCACUUCUUGACCACGCAUUUUCAUCAAACAUUCGUUCUGUCGAAGAUAUUUUCAGUAAUCGUGUGACCCCACCGCGCCGCUCAGUGGAACUGAAAUUCAAACAAGAGAUGCUCAACGUACCUAUUUGUCGUCAGCCUGUUUCGACCGCUGCCGGGAUGACUCCAGACCUCUGCAAACCUCGCAAUCUUUCUAGCUACUAUAGCCUACGCCGCACCCCCCACCGGGCCGCCAAAAUCACUGCAAGAGAUUCAAUCAACGACUGCGGCGCAUCCACCUUUGUCGACCAGACUACUGGUGGUUCUCCCACCGUCUCCGACUGCCAACAAAUGAUAGACAAUAUCGCCGACGGCGGAUCAUGGGAAGUCCCCGAUACGGCCCAAAGACAGCUAGUCCAAUACGGCACCUGUGCGUUCGGCGCCCAGCAGGAUUCGGAUGGAGGGAUUAUAUAUGUCGGUAAUUCGGAUAUCAUUGACCUAGUCACCACUGCUAUCGAUCUUUUCCAGUGGGAGGGACUGGUAGGUGCCACGGGUGAUAUGCCCUGUAAUAUUGUAGGGGCUAGCACUUCGAACACUACGUGGGGUCUUUACUACAAUAAUUAG